CCCGGGUUCACGAUGCGCCACCACAGGCUCCUCUCUCCCAGAACAUCGACCAUUGAUGUCUCGGGAGCCCAUGGAUGCUGGAGCAGCUGUUGACGCGCCAGAAGAUAUCCAAGCUCAAGUGCUGAAUGCUACACUUGCCGAGAUCAAGACAAGGCGACUGGGUUCCGCGGAUUCCGACGAGUCUCGCGAUCGCGAUCGCGACUGCUGCGUAAUCUGCCUUGAUGCCAUUUCCGAUCCCUGUGCCGCCCUCCCCUGCGGCCACGCCCAUUUCGACUUUCUCUGCCUCGUGAGCUGGCUUCAGGAACACCCAAAUUGCCCGUUAUGCAAGGCCAACGUCUACAAGGUUCGCUAUGCGGACGACCAGAAAGCCGAGGCCUUCUAUCGCGUGCCCAACGCGCCCAGGACUCGAAAUGACGGGGGAGGCGCCCAAAACAACAGCACAAACUCCUUAGACGCCACAAUACGAAGGCGAAGAUUCGCCUCCCAAAGCGGGCUGCUGCUGCUCCGAGAGAGAGAGAGACGGCCGCCGAGACCGCCUCCCACUGUGGACGAGGCCAUCCAGCGGCGCCGCUACGUCUACCGACACCAGCUAUACUCCCUCCACAUAGGGUCCAACCGCAUCUCCCGGUACCGCCCGCACCCGACCCCGGCCCAGUUCGCUUCCACCCCGCACCUCGUCUCGCGUGCCCGGCUCUGGAUCCGCCGCGAGCUCCAGGUCUUUUCCUUCCUCUCCUCCUCCUCCUCCUCCACCAAUGACGAGCCCGAUCCCGCCAGCACCGCGACCAGCACGAACCGGGAAGAUCGCCGCCGCCGCAACAACGCCGAGUUCCUCCUCGAGUACAUCAUCGCCAUCCUCAAGACGGUCGACAUACAGGGCAGCGCCGGCCAGGCCGAGGCGAUGCUCGCCGACUUCUUGGGGCGGGACCACGCGCGCCUGUUGCUGCACGAGCUGCGCAACUGGCUGCGCAGUCCGGCCGUGGGACUCGCCGCCUGGGAUCGGGAGGUCCAGUACCCCGAGCCCGGCCCCGACGCUCCUCGGGACGUCGUGAGUCGUGGUGAUAGUGAGGACGGCGAGAACGAUAACGGUGAUGAAGGCGGUUCCGCCGCCGGUGAGGACGAGGCGGGAAGAUGGUGGCGGGACCGUGGCGGGGAUCAUUGGGUGGCCCGCCGGGGGGCGCACGCAAGUCCCGUAGGGAAGAGGAAGAGGCGAGCGAGUGGAAAGCCAAGGGAAGGAAGGGUGAGUCGAGCUCGAGCUCGAGGAGAUACGCAAGGAGGUGGAUGAGAGCCCAGAGGGCCGCGGAUAAUCAGCACGACGACGAUUGGUUUUUUUUCCAACACACCGCGUGGUGGUCAGCGCGAAAUCAGCGGGCGGCCGGUUACGGCUGUGUCCGGCCCUUCUCGUUGCUGAGAGAAGUGAGAGGACGAGGUUCGAAAAAGCUCGCCUCCGGACACUUAUGCCAAUUCAAACGGCGGAAUUCAGCU